UGGCGCAUCACUAGCUGGCCGGAGCAUAUGUAACAAUUGGGAGUAAUUUAUUUUUAAGGAAAAACACCCGAGAUUCCCACGAAUAACAUGGCAGCCAGUGGAAAAUUGAUGCUGGGCAGCGGCCUCUGCCGAAAGCUGAGCCAGUUCACCAGGCAGCUGCAUACGCAACCGGCGCUCUUGUCCAGUUUUCGGUCAUCCCGCGAGGUGCAGCCGCUGGACAAGUAUCCCGACGUGGAGGUGGUGGCCCAGCCGCCCGAGUGGCGCUUCGUGGAGCGCCUGCUGCCGGCGGAGACGGUGCCACAGCCGGUGGAGCGACCAAAAUACCCAUCCGGCUGGCGGCCGCAGAGGGAAAAUGGAUCGCAGGCGGGCUACUUUGUGGCCAGGACCAAGAACCACAUGGUGCCGGUCUACCUGCAGACCCGGUUCCGUGGCCAGCGACGCAUCACGGUGGUGCGCCGCGUCCAGGGAGACAUCUGGUCGCUGGAAAAGGACCUGCGGGCGGUGGUGGAGCAGUCGCGGAACGGGAAGCUCUGCGCCACCAGGAUCAACGAGCUGAGCGGACAGAUUCACUUCCACGGCGACCAUGUGGACGUCCUGCGGGACUAUCUCAAGGAGAAGGGCUUCUAGGAGGUCCGCCAUCUGCCGCAAUAAACUCGUUUUCUGUUGAUUUAAAAGAAUU